AUGGCCACGCCCCCGGGAGCCGGUGCUGCAGCUCUGCGUUUUGCUGCCGCAGCCAGCUGGCAAGUCAUGCGUGGACGCCGGGUGGCGCUGUUUCCACAAGUACUGGAGUUUCUGCAGUCCCUCCGCUCUGCUGCCCCAGGCCUAGUUCGCUACCGGCACCAUGAACGCCUGUGUAUGGGCCUAAAGGCCAAGAUGGUGGUGGAAUUGAUCCUGCAGGGCCGGCCGUGGUCCCAAGUCUUGAAUGCCCUGAAUAACCACUUCCCAGAGUCUGGACAACUAGUGUGGACUCCCAAAACUACAAAACAAGAUUUGACGAAGAUCUUGGAAGCACAGGAAACCUUUUGUCAUCAGGUUAAGCAGUUGGCAAAGGACCGUGUGGAUUUGGCCUCAAAGCUGCAGGAACUGGAACAAGAGUAUGGGGAACCUUUUCUGGCUGCCAUGGAAAAGCUGUUUUUUGAAUACUUGUGUCGUCUGGAAAAAGCACUACCUGCACUACAGGCACAACAGCUUCAGGAUGUGCUGAGUUGGAUGCAGCCUGGAGUUUCUAUCACCUCUUCUUUUGCCUUGAGCCAAUAUGUUGUGGACAUGGGGUGGCCACUUCCAGAGUGCUCUAUUACAAAUUCAGUGACCAUGACAAAGCCCAUGAAGCCAAAUCCUCCUCAGCAACCAAAACUAGCACUCUGCAGUUCUCUGCCAAAAGCCAAGCGUAGCCCAUACCUUCCUCAGGAACCAGCCUCAAAGCGGCAUCCAGAACCCUUGACUGGCCAUCACUUCAACCUGGCCCCUAUAGGCCGGCGAAGAACCCAGUCUCGAUGGCCGUCCACUAGAGGGGGCCGUAAGGAGCGCCCCACAGUCAUGUUGUUCCCCUUUAGGAAUCAGGGCUCAUCAGCCCAAGUCACAACUAAGCCUGAGAACAGAAGGCAACAUGGCACACACACAGCAGAUCCAGCAGGUGCUGUGGGCACAAGGACAGCCUCCUCUGCAAAGCCCAAGAGUCCAUCCCAAGCCUCAGGGGAAAGAGCUCUAAAGGAUAACGCCGUUGACUCAACUGCAUCAGAGCAGAAGGAGUGA